AUAAAAGCCUUUAUUGUUAUCUUUGUCCUAACAAAAUAUUUAAAAAUCAACAAGAAUUAAACCAUUAUAAAACAAUAGUUCACUAUAACUAUAAUAUAUCAUUAAAAUAUAUAACUCCAUUGUUACAAGAAGCUUUAGAUAAAUUUAAGAAUAUAUUGGUCUAUACUAUUCAAAAACAAUUAAAAAAUAAUACAAAAAAUGUAGGAUUACAAUCU